GUGACACCUGGUCGCAGAUGUCCCCUCCGUCGGGCGGGGACCCUGCAGGGCCUCGCUUAUUUCUGCUGCCUCUUCCUCCCAGAGAACUCAUUCACCCGACGACUUGCUAUCGUAUCCAUUACAUAACGGUUUUUCCUUUUGCUUGGGUUGCCUCAACUUUAGCAGGGUCUACAGUUGGCACAUAUUCUCCGACAUGGUGGUCCAAAUGUUGAUACAAUUGGACGGGGCGGUUACCAAACGAACAAAAGGAUCACACAGAUGCAGACCAAUCUAUGGAGGGGAACACUCCAAUUGCUGAAAAUCCCCAUUCUGAAUAUGGACUGACAGAAAACAUCCAGAGAAUAGUGGAAAACGAGAAAACCAACACAGAGAAGGUCUCCAAACAGAAGGUGGAUCUGCAGUCGCUCCCCACCAGGGCAUAUUUGGAUCAGACAGUGGUGCCCAUUCUUCUUCAAGGCUUAUCUGUGCUGGCCAAGGAAAGACCUACAAAUCCUAUUGAAUUCUUAGCAGCCUUCCUUCUCAAGAACAAAUCACAGUUUGAAAAUCGAAAUUAAGCCCAAGACGGAUGGAAAUGUGCACUUUGAGGCCAUAUGUUUAAAAUCAAGAAAAUUGUUGUUUCUGUCAAUGGUUGUUUGCUAAUGAUAGUGUAUGUAGUUUUUUAAACCAGAAUAAAGAUGGUGCUGCAGGGAAA